AGAUGAUGACAGAGCCAUCUUUAUGUUCAAAGAUGGUUCAAUGGCUUGGGACGCUAAGGAUUUCUUGAUUCAACAAGAUCGAUGCAAGGAAGUCUUAAUUGAAAAUAAACCUUACUAUGGAAAGAACUACAAACCUCAGGAUGAAUCAAAGAGUAAAGAACCUGCAAAGAAAAGUAAAAAGGAAUCUGAGAAGAAAAGGGAUGAGCUGUAAUAGAAGCGUGUUGGAAUGAAUUCCUAUUGGCUGUUAAUAGUUUUAUUUUUAGAUCUGUUUGCAACUAGUCUACUGAUACCAUUCCUCCCCAUUCACCUGCAUAAUGUAGGCCCUACACGAUUACUGGCCGGAGUGUUUAAUUCCUUAUAUCCCACUGUGCAACUCUUUUCCAGUCCUUUGGUAGGAUACUGCUCUGAUCUCUAUGGCCACAGACAGACCCUUACCAUCUCCCUGGUCUUGUGUUCCUUCGCCUACUACUUCCUUGCUUCCACUUCUCUCUAUGUGAUAUUUGUCUGCAGAGUAACUCUCGGGUUACUGAAACACACACAAACUUUGGGUAAAGCAAUGAUUGUCGAGGAAUCCGACGGUGAGAAGCACAAUAUGUUCAGUGUACUCAGUGCAGUCGAGGCUUUCGGAUUCAUGUUGGGUCCGUUGGUAGGGUCAUAUUUUAUACAGAUGGAAAAUGGUUUUCAACAGCUCUGCAACAUUGCAACAUCUGUUUUCAUAUUGAACUCAGUUAUUACAUUUUGUUGUGUAUCCAGUGAUAUACGAGUAAAAUACUUUACAACCAAAGAGAUAUUGACAAAAAGUGAAAUUGGGACAUUUCAAAGUGACAGAGAAGACAAAAAUGUAGAUUGGACAGAGUUUUGGGAUGUAUUUGUGCUUAAACUGUUUCUUUGUAUUUCUUUGUCUUUAUUUUAUACAAACUAUGCAAUUAUUAUAAUUGAACGCUUCAAAAUGUCUAUAAGUAUGGUAGGUUAUACUAACUCAUUCCAAGGAUUUAUUUCUAUUAUUACCAGCUUAUUAUCUGGUAAAGUAAUACAUGUCACUUGUUUACAAGAUCUUUAUGCUAGAUUAAAUUAUUGUUUUUUGUUGUUAUCAUUUUCUUUACUAAGUAUGAGUUUUGUGACAAAUUUUUGUGUAUAUUUUGCCUUUCUUAUACCUUUAAGCUUUAGUUCCACUUUACUCAGGAUUUUUAUUUCAGAGUUACUACUCUCAAGAUCACCUUGGAAAAGUAAAGGUUCUUUGAUUGGAAUGGAAAACACAAUAUCAUGUCUUGUGUUUUUCUUUAGUCCUUUCUUUUUUGAAAUCUGCACAACUAAUUUUGGUAAAUUUUCUGUUCCAUUAGUGACAUGUUUAGUGACUGUUGCUGGUGCAAGUCUUUCAGAAUAUUUGAAUUUUACAAAUAAUGUAGGCCUAGCAACAAAAAAAAAACUCUAAAAUAAAGUCAGACCUAUAUUUUCUUAAAAAAUUAUUGUAUUGUGCUCAGCAUAAAUGUGAUUGAUAUGAGGGAACAAAUUUAGUCACAUUAUAAAGAAAAUACUCUAUCUAUGACAUUAAAAUAAACGUUUGAUCAUCUUAAUAAUUGGUGAUAUUGAGCUUAUGGAAUUGUUUUGUAAUUCAUGAUUUACAUUAACGUAAAAAUAGUUUUAUAACACAAAUUACUGAGGGUGGCUCAUUUACUACUACAUUUCAUUAAGUCUAUAGGAUGUCAAUUUAACUCUUUACUGAGCUACAAUAUUGGGUGCAUUAUUGCAAGCUUGGCCGUAUGGGCAACUACCGCACCCUACUUCCCCUUCACCUUGUAGCAUUGCAACAUUGAUACAACAUUGUCAUAUCAGCUGAUUUUCAGUGUGAAGCGACACAAAGAUGCCUCACUUCGGUCUAGUUGUUUAAAUCAGUUUUAUUCUUCAAUAUUUAAUUAUUCUGCAUGUUUUUAUUUUAUUAUUUUUUGCUCACGUUCUGUUUCAUAGUGUAAACACAUGUUAAUUUAAAUUGUGAAGGUAAGGGAUUUAGAUAGAUAGAUAAGAAGUAAAGAUGAGCAUUAGAGAUUUCUCAAUUGUUGAAUUUAAUUGAUUAUCCCAUCAUCACUUAUUCUUGCUGCCAGCACCGUGCCACAAUCCAGACUUGUCACUCCAAUCCAGAUAUGUAUUAUAGCUUUUUUUUUAUAUGAUAAUGUUGUAAUGGGGUGUUAUCGUAUCAAUAAUAACGUGAAAUGAGUAAUAAUAAUAUUAAAGAUAUAUGUAAAUUAUAUUUAUAAGAUAAAUUUUAAUAUAAAAAAUUAAUCCUUAUUUUUGGUGAUUAUCAAAAGGUUGCUAUAAAUAUUUACCAAUAUUCUAGAAAUGAAAAUUAAAAGUUAAAUAAAAGAUGUUUAUUAAAAUUAAAUUACAAUUACUAUUCUAUAUUAAUUUUUUAGUUUGCAAUUUUAUAAAUAGUAAAAUUUGUAUUGUUUAAGACAGUAGAAAAUGUUAUUAACUUAGCAAUAAUAAUCUGUAAGACAUUUAUGUUCGUCUAUUGUAAAUAAUGUAAUAGAAAAUAAAUAUAUAUUUGUAUUUGUA